AUGACCGGAGUUAUGACUGAUGAUCGGCGACGCAAGAACGCCAUCAGUUGCGACGGAUGCAGACAACGAAAGGUGAAGUGUGAAAAGCCAUCUUCUGGUCCCUGCCAGCGAUGUAUCAGGCUGGGCAAGGAAUGCCAAUUAGGAGGCUCGACCCUGCGGCCGUACUAUCACACGUCAAAAGAACGAUACGAGCUCCUGGUGUCUGUAGUUAGACAUUUUGUCCCUUCGGCUUCUUUCGGUACUGAAGACCUACGACAGCUUAUGCGCACCUUAAGCCUUCCAGAUGAAGGCUCACCGCCUACGGUCGGGCACCCUGACAUGGACAGCUCGAAUGGUGCACCAGGCUCAUGGUUGUUGGAGACAACGGCCCAACUUAAUACCCCUCCAGCAUCUUCUGCAUCACCUCCCAGCCAGGAAUGUGGAGUUGAAGACUUAGAGAACACGUUAAUGGUGGAUGCUAUGAACAUUCCUCGUUUUAGUGGCCCAUCUAGCUGCACUACUCUCAAUGCCAAGAUAAUCACACACCUGUCUCAAGGUGUCAGGGAUCUGUCAGUCUUUCAGGAGAAUGAGCAACCAGCAUUAUUUGAUGGACAAGUGAUUUCUUAUCGAAAUGCAGACUAUCUUCCAAAUCGCAAGGCCCUCGAUCAAGCAGCCGUGAAGUUCUUCAAAGAGAUUAAUAGCGUCAUAUAUAUCCUUGAUCAGGAGAGAUUUUACCUUUGGGUUGAUGAUGUCUAUGGCGGGCAGGGGGUACGCGCACCCGUGCUGGUCAUAUUGUAUCUGGUCAUGGCCCUCUGUGGGGAGCAAGAUCCCAGUUUUGAAAUCGCCCGCUCCUACAUGGAUAAUGUGAUAAAGGAAUCAAGCCUAGAGAGCAGCUUGUAUCGCCAGAGAGAAGAUGAGCGCAGUGUUUCCUGGGCCAUGCUGGGCGUGGCUACUAGAAUUGCACAGUCACUUGGCCUUCACCAACGCAUAGGCUAUGUGCAUGAUAAUUCUAUGUACGGAUCAGAAGUCAAGCGACGCCUUUGGUGGUCUCUAUGCGAGUUUGACAACUGGAGCUCUUGCAUGCUAGGCCGACCGCCUGGUCUUGGUUGCACCGAUCAUGAUGAAUUCAACACACUUAACACCCCACCUGGAUACGCCACAAGCUCGGCAUCUCUCGGCAUUCUAAUUGGUCAAAUAUCCCAGCAACUCUACAUCCAAAACGGCGACUUGAGGAGUAAAGAACAGUUGACUGGUGAACUCAUCAAAAAGGUUGAAAAAUGGAACAACGAACUCCCCGACCACCUUCGUGCAAAUGCGGCAUUUCCCCCCUGCUUUGCACGCGCGACCUUAUAUCUGAACCUCAAGUACAAUUACGCUCGUAUGCUUAUCGGUCGGCCUUACAUGACACAUUCAAUACUCUGCACCAACACCCAUGAUCCGGUUUUCAGAUCACGAGCGGAGACCUGUGAACGUGCGAAUCGUGACUCUAUCGAAAUCCUAAUGGAAUUCUAUCGCCAAGGCCUUUUUUCGACAUCUCUUUGGCUUGAUACAUACUUGAUCUUGGCGACAGCAAUAGUCUUAUUCCUCCGUGCUGUUGAAAAACCGAGUAUGCAGAAAGAAUUGAAGUUAUUUCUGCCUGUUUUGAAACUGUGCGACCGAAGCAAGAUUGGAAAGUAUGCUGCUGCAAGAUUCGAAAAGUUUCUCCAUAAUUUGGAGAAUGGUAUGACGGAAAGGGAUCCUACGAAUCUCGCAGAUCCUCUUGCUCAGUCGUCCAGGGUUGGCAAUGCAAGCGGGCUCUAUCAUGAGAUAGACUUCAAUGAUCUGGGAGAUCUCAAUGUCAUUGCCUCUAGCUGCUUUAGCUUUGGGCAGGAUUUCGACUUGGACUUAUGCUGA